AUUUUUGUUUUGGAUAUGAUUAUAAAUAGACCAUUAAUUUGGAUAUCUCUUUACCAAGUAAAUUGACAUGAUUCUUGCUGUUUUGAAACAGCUGGUGUAUUAUUGUUUUAUCUUAUAAAACAUUUAUCAGUGAAAUAAUGGAAAUACUAAGUCAAAAUAGUGUGUAAUCAAAAAAAUGUGUUUUCAAUGAUUAAGUACUCUCCAAUUGCAAUAUCAAUAGUAUCAAAAAAUAAUGAAUAGCACAGACAGUGUAUUGUUGAAUGCUUCAGAAUUUAUCAAAGACAGACUGUAUUUUAUCUGUGUGAAAUGUACAGUGGAUGUAAAAUGUACACCUACACUCCAUUAUUUCACACUGAAUGAAGAUAUAAAGUAUGAUAGUUUCUAUGAAGACUUUGGGCCCAUGAAUCUUGCUAUGAUAUACCGCUAUUGUAUGAAGCUGAAGAAGAAAUUAAGCAACUCUGGACUUAAAACCAAGAAGAUUAUUCACUAUGUUAAUGAUUGUACAAAAGAAGCUAGGGAGAAAAGAGUGAAUUCAGCAUUUUUGAUUGGUGCUUAUUCUAUAAUAUACCUUUGUUUUACACCUGAACAGGCAUAUGAAACUCUCAUGAAAAAUUCCUCAAAAGGAUACCUUAAAUUCAGGGAUGCAUCUUUUGGAGAACCAUAUACUAUCACCUUACUUGACUGUCUGAAGGGUAUCAAGAAAGCAUUGGACUAUGGAUUUUUUAAUUUUAAUGAUUUUGAUUACUUAAAGUAUGAAUAUUACGAACAAGUUGAAAAUGGUGAUUUCAAUUGGAUAGUUCCUGACAAGUUUAUUGCUUUUUGUGGUCCUCAAGAGGUACCGCACAGCUGGGGAGAUCACAAGCCAGAAAGCUAUUUUCCUUAUUUUAGGAACCACAAUGUCUCAACUAUUAUUAGAUUAAACAAAAAGGCAUAUGACUCAAAUAUCUUUAGAAAAGCUGGCUUUGAUCAUAAAGAUUUAUAUUUUGUAGAUGGUGGCACCCCCAGUGAAUCUGUCUUACAACAAUUUAUUAGUAUUUCUGAAAAUGCUAAAGGAGUGAUAGCAGUUCAUUGUAAAGCAGGAUUAGGUAGAACUGGAUCCUUGAUUGGAUGUUAUAUCAUGAAACAUUAUAAAUUUACUGCAGAAGAGGCUAUUGCUUGGAUCCGAAUAUGUCGCCCAGGAUCAAUUAUAGGCCCCCAACAAAGUUGGCUACAGGAAAAGCAGAAACAAAUGUGGAAAACUGGUGAAAGUUAUAGGAAGGAAAAUUGUUUAAAAGCACCAAUUAAACAUAAAAGUGGUAUAUACUCUUUAACUAGAGGGAUUGAUGAUAAAAUCAAUCCACAUCCAGUUAGUCUUCAAAAAAGAGUUGAAAAAGUUGAUCACAAGGAUCUUGAUUCAGAUGAAGAAUGUAACAAGGGCUCCCAAGGAGACCAACUUAACCGAAUUAAACUAAAGAGAAGAAGAGUUACAAAUGCCAACAGCUGCAAUCACAAACAAAGGAAAAGCUCUGGUAAAGUUUCUUUUGCAUCUUUCUAUGAAGGACUUACAAAUAAUCAUAAUAAACCUAAAAAACGGGUUUUGCCAGAAGAACAAGGAAUCAAGAGAAAAACUAAGGUGUUACGAAAGAACCUGUCUGAUUCUAUUGAUAUGUAAUCACGUUGGGGACCAAAAUUUUGCAAAUUUUUAUGGUUCUUCUACGUUGGCCUCUUCAACAAAAUAUUGCCAUUAUUCCGAAAGCUCGUUCCAAGAAACAUAUUGAUGAUAAUAUUGAUAUAAACUUUGUCAUUCCUGAAGAUGAUAUGAAUAUAUUAAAUGGCUUGCCUCAAACAAAAUAUGCUUGGGAUCCGGAUACCAUAGCUUAAUUCAAUAUAUAUUUUUAUGGAUUAUACUAACAUAGUUUUAUACUUUAUAUUUAUUCUAACUUUUUAUAAAAAUAAAAAUGUAUGACAAACAAUUUCACGACAAAAUAGCUAAGAUUAGCAUAAACUGUUUUAAAAUGUUGCCCAAAUCUGGAAAACCUAAUAGAACACAGUGGACUGUAUUGUCUUGUAUAGUACAAGAGUUUAAUAAUGAAUUGACAGUUGUAGCUCUUGGCACAGGAUCUAAAUGCAUAGGGAAAUCAAAGAUGUCCAGUAAUGGGGAUAUACUAAACGAUUCUCAUGCAGAAGUUAUUUGUAGAAGAUCAUUUAUUAGAUAUAUUUAUGAUCAGAUGAGUGCAAUUUCAAAUAUUAUGGAAUUUAAACAAAUAUCUAAUAAAUUCUUUUUAAAUCCAGAAGUAAAAUUUCAUUUUUUUACAACAUUGAUACCUUGUGGAGAUGCUGCGAUAUUUCCAAUGCAAACAACUAUCGACUUUGGUAAUAUAAUUAAGAAAGACACAGAAGGGGAAGGAAAUGAACCGCCUCACAAAAAAGUUAAGUUGGAGUCUGGAGAUAUAUUUAGGACAGGAGCUAAAUGUGUUGGAGGUUCAGAAGUAGAUGCCAAAUUACCUGGGAUUGAUUACCAUAUUACUGGAGUUGUAAGAACAAAACCAGGUAGAGGCGACCCAACUCUUUCAGUAUCAUGCAGCGACAAAUUGGCAAAAUGGGUACAUCUUGGCAUCCAGGGCAGUCUACUAGGAAUUCUUUUGGAUGCUCCAAUUUAUUUGAGUAGUUUCACUUUAAUCGGAAACACGCCAUUCUGUGAACAAGCGUUAGAAAGAGCAUUCUAUAAUAGAUUGGAAGAUGUCUCUUUGUUGGGUGCCUAUAAACGGAACAAAAUGAUAUUGGGUCAAAGUUCUCUAAGUUUUGAAUUUGGCAAAGAUGAAAACAAGCAACCUUGUCCUUCUAGCGUGUCAUGGUGUGUCGUUGAUGGAAAGAGGCUUGAAGUAGCUGUCGAAGGUAAACGCCAAGGUGUUACCAAGAAGAAACUUAACACCGAAGCUGGUCGUCUGAAGAUUUGCAAAGUUGAGCUUUUUAAUAAGUUUAUGGAAAUUUGCGAUUUAAAAAAGAUUCAAUUAAGAAAAAACUGUGAUAAUAGAAGUUUAACUUAUAUGGAUGUUAAGUCUCUAAAUAAGGAGUACAUACGUUCGUGGGAGAUACUUAGGCAACAUUUUAAGACGUGGACCUUGAAAGAUAAUAAUUUGUUAUUGUUUUUCAUCAAAUAAAUGUGGACUGUUA